AUGGUCAUUCGCUCGGUGGACGAGUUGAACAAACAGCAAUCUGGGAGAACACAACAAUCACGAUUUACCUAUAACCCCAGGCCAACGCUGGUGUAAACGGUUCCCCUUGGCAACGCUAGCUAGCAUCGAGCAGUAGAAACAUGAGAAAUUCACCACGUUCGGCCGAUCGAGGUAUCCUGCGACAUCGAAACGAACCCGGGCGGUUCUUCGGCGAUGGAGUGAGCUUCAAGGCGAAGCUCAUCGGCAUCCUGGAGGUCGGCGAGGCCCGAGGCGACCGGAUGUGUCAGGAAGCGUUGCAGGACCUGAAAAUGGCAAUCCGCGCCGCAGGAGAACACAAGCAGCGCAUAACGAUACAUGUCACGAUCGAUGGACUACGGUUGAGAGAUGAAAAAACAGGGGAUUCUCUCUACCACCAUCCCGUGCACAAAAUAUCGUUCAUCGCCCAGGACAUGACGGAUUCGCGUGCAUUUGGCUAUAUUUUUGGUUCCCCCGACAGUGGGCAUCGGUUUUUCGGUAUCAAAACCGACAAAGCCGCCAGUCAGGUGGUGCUGGCAAUGCGCGACCUAUUUCAGGUUGUGUUCGAGCUGAAGAAGAAAGAGAUUGAGCUGGCCCGGCAGCACAUUCAGAGUAAGAUAACGGCCCACGAACAUCAGGCCGUAUCGUCCGCGUCGUUAAUGGCAAAAGGAGGCGGUUCGACGAUGGACAGUGGCGGAGGCGCUAGCGGUAGCUAUGGGAAAGGUCAUGCUAGCGACACCGGCAGUUCGACCUUAGGAUCGCUAGGCGCUGGAGCAUCGUCCUUGGGGGCAGGCCCGAGCAGCUGCAUCAAGAUGGGAGUCGCAGGAAAGAGUGAAAAGUCGCCGGAAUCUGUGGCGGAUCUCGUCGACCUCGAGCAGGAGUUGAGCUGCAUCCAGCGAGGCAUCACGCAAAUGGAACGCAUCACGCCAAGCGAAGGACCAGGCAAAAGUGUGUUGGAUGACGAUCCAUUUGGCGAUUCAUUUGCCAACAUACCUCCGUCAUACAAUCUUCUACCACCACCCGAAUCCAGCAAGCGCCAUCAGAAACAGAUCAAUCGUUCGACAGAAAACCUACCAACAACUGAAGCAAACCCCGUCGUUUCGUCCACGCCACCGCCGAUGGCAGCUCCACCAGUUCCAGCUCCUACUCCCACCAACAGCACCACCAAUAACAACGUCGCUGCCGCCUCGACCAACAGCGCCAACACUUCUGCCACCGGUUCUUCUGGAGGCGGCACAGGAUUGCAAAAUCAUUCGAAUAGCACAACCAGUAACAACCACCAAGCCUCCAAUCUCCCAGCCAGCAGCACGAUGAGCAAUAGUAACUCAACGCAGAAUGAUGAUUGGUUAAACUCGCCACCAAACACGUCUCGUUUCGAUCCCGAUCCUGUGCGAUACUCCGAUGAACCAAAGAUUGUAGAAGAGGGAGGAAAGGUCCCUCAAGCAUCAACCGCAGCACAACCGUCUUCGUAUACUGACGUCUUCACCGACCUGGAUCCGCUCGGCACUGGCAAGAUAAAGCCGUACAUCGACAAAAAAUACUUUUUCCAGGAGCUCAAGAAUCCACCAAAAAAGGUACUGAAGGAUCUGUCCGGUAAGGACAGCACGUUCAAUGCAAACUUUGCAUCCGAUCAGGAGCAAUCGUCGCCCAACCUUUUGCAGCAACAACAGCAGCUGCAGCAGCAACAGCAGCAGCAACAACAGCAACAGGCGGGAGCAUCGCUGAACACGAGUAACAUCUCAACGUUGGCCAGCGGAAGUGGCGAUCUGUUUAAGGCCAGCUUUGAAGAGUCACAAUCAAAGUCCCAGUCGAAAUGCGCCUCCGAAUCGACAGGAGCGGAUAGUGAGGGUCUGAGGAGUGGUUCCGGAAACGGCGGAAUACCGCUGAUGGAAUCCAAGCCAAUUGAUCCGUUCAUGGAGGAUGAAGAUUUCUCCAAACUACAGCUGGAUCCGUUCGAGGUGCACUUUUCGCGCAAUGCUUCCCCACGAAACGCUGGUGUGCUGGAAGGAAAACCUUCCGAUUCCGACGAACCUUCCGGAGGCCAUAGGACGUAUUCGGAUGGAAAAGAUGGCUCAGUGUACAAUGGGCCGCUGCAGGUAAAUCUUCCCCCGGAAUCGUGGGCCAGCUACAUCAGCCAGAAGCGUCUCGAGCGGCAAUCGUCGGAAGUGAAUGCCGCGGGUUCCGGGCAGAGCACUCUCCCCGGUCACCGGAACCGUCCGGCGACUAGUAGCGUGUUCAAGCAGAACACGGUCGAUGUGAUCUCUAGUAUAAGCUCCAGCUCGAAAAAGAUGAAGCCAAACUUGUUUGGGCAGAAGUUCUCGAAGCGCGAUUCAAACAGCAUAAACAUGCGCCGGCUGCAGGAGAGCGAUUCGUUGAGUGAAACGGAAACGGCCCCGGAGCCACCUCCGCGACCCGAUUCCGGUUCGCACAUUGAACCGCCACCGUUGCCACCAAAAAAGCAGUUCGCCGACAUCGUCAUACGGCCGUCACCACGCGCAUCCCUUGCCAGUGCGGGUAGCGGGUCAUCCGCAGGCAGUCACGGACCACGCGAACGCUACGACUAUGUUGGCUCUAAGUACGACAGCAAUCGCUCACCGUCGGGUGCAUCGUCGGGAACUGCACCUGGCACCGACGCUCCUCCGUUGCCAUUGCCAUCGCGUAAAGUCGGCCGUACCGCAGGUGAAACGGUUGGGCCGGGGCGUCCGCAGAAGAAAUCUAACGACGAAGACGACUACCUGACGCCGAUCGGAAAGGCAGACAUUCCAACACUUCUGCCACCACCGCAGCGUAAAGAUGCCUCGAAGACGAACCGCUCGACGAGCCGCAAGCAAUCGGAGACGGAUCCGCGCAACCUGGACGAACCAACGCCACCACCGACGUCCAAGUCGCCGCUCGGACACGGCCAGCACCAGCAUGCCACGUCCGCGUUUCUGCCCGACAUUACGCUCAGUCAAUUACUCACACUCGGUAUCGAUGAGUUGGCGGCAAAGCUGGCCGUGCCCGUGUCCAAGCUGAGUACCAUGACACUCGUCGAGCUGACCACGUACCUGUCGGAGUUUAUCGAAAACAGCAAGUACCCUUCGGCGCCUCCCUCCGCGGCUGCCAUUCCGCCACCGUCGGCUGCCCCUUCGUGGGCCACUAGCAGCAGUAUCAGUCAGGAUAAUACCGCAGGACUAGACGGGGGAAGCAUCAGUGAAUCGCCCGUCUUUAAGGUCAGCUUUGACGACUCGAACGAAGUAGCAACGUUUGUGGCCAAGUUUGACGACAACUUCGGUGAGGAAGAACGUGCGCGCAGUGGUUCGGGAUUUGGUUCCGGCGGAGGUAGUGGUGGUGGAUCGACGUUUGUGGCCAACUUCGAUAAUCUCAAUCUACAACCGGAUGUUCACGGUGGGCGCAGCAUGGCAGCUUCGAAUGCACCCCCGGCCGACAAAUACGCUGUAUUCCGAGAGAUAAUCGAGCAAGAGAUAGGUCCCACUGCUGCGGAUGCCACCAGCGACGGGUUCGCCGUGGAGCAACCGGAGCAACGAACCGUCGGAUUGAACGACCUCGCAGCAUCGUUGGACUUACAGCAGGAGGUUGCAUCGGAGAUGAGUCGUCUAUCGCCGGCAUUCGCUAGCGGGGAACCGGGUGGACUCGGUGGAACUUCUCCCUUACCGCAGGGAGCCAACUCGUUUGCGAGCUCGCUGAACUCCGUGCCAAUCACGAAGCCAAUCGACACGAAGAUAACGGAGGUGAUUUCACAGGCAAAGGAUCGGUACGCCGCCCUGAGGGAUAUCAUUCUCGUGGAGGAUCUGUUUGAGAAGCCAGCGCAGCCGCCUGCAGCCGCACCGAUAGCGCGCAUGGAGUCGUCCUCGUUCGAAGAGCGCGACCUCGAUGAUGACGCAAAGUUCGAGGCCAAUUUCGACGACAUGGUUAUGCCACAGCACGAUAGUAACCAGUCACCCGAGAUCAACGUUUCCGAUGCGGAUUUCAUCGAUGAGGAUACGAUGCUACCAACGCGAACGUCCGCUGAUAUGCUUUCCGCCAACGUCGGUUCGAUGCGCAACACGGCAACACCGCGCGAAGAUCUCGAGAUCGACGAGCUAAUGCAGAAAGCGGUCUCGAAUUUGUCACUGCACAGUACCGAUCAGCUAUCACCUGGUCCGAACGCUACGACUCCAGGACCUAUGCAGGGUGGUGGUUUGGCGGUGAAAGGUAGUCCGCUGCUACAGCACAGUUCCACUUCACCUUACCGGCCACCAACGUCCACUUCCACCACACUCCUGAACGACAUGGUUGCUCCGAAGAGCAAAUCGCCCUCGCUUGGCAGCAGCACCGUGCAGUACGAUACACUUUCGCUCGGAGGAAAAGGAGGUCUGAGCGACAUGAGCACUUCGCCGAUCCCGCUCGUACAAACGAACAAGCUCGGCUCGAGUAUGGCGCGCAGCCCAAUUCUGAAGCCAUCUCCGAUGUCCCGCGGGCACCACCAGGACCAGGACGGUAUGAAGAGUUUGAAGGGAAAGAAACCGACACCAGCACCACGUGGUCAAACUUCGUCCAGCGAGAAGCGAUCAUCUGGUUCGAUGAGUGACGGUGAUGGCGAAACUUCACCCGAGGGCGACAACAACGAGGGUGGCAAAUCUUCCAGAAUGACUCCGACCAAUGCCAGCGAAUCAUGGGCCGUGUUCGAUCAACCGGAACCACCGCAGCACGGUUUGAAGAGGCAGGAUCUUCGCCAUGAAUUACGUCAUGACGGUGGAAGAAGAAGCGAUAAGAAUGGUCCCGAUUCACCGUGCUCAUCAGAUCCGAAAGACGAAUGGACCAAGACGGACCUGCGUGAAUAUGGCCGACGAUGGCCAACGAAGGGUCACACUUCGUCGUCUUCCCGUGAUGUCAGUCCAUGGGACGAGGAAGGGCCGGACUAUCGCAAACCGCGCUCUGGAAUGCACAGCGGUGGUGAUGGGGUGGCACCGUCGAUGCGUCAUCAUCAUCCGACGUCGGGUGAGCGUUAUCAUCAUCCACGAAUGCCACCCCGGCGGAUCAACUCGAACGACGAGGACUAUGACGAUGAGUGCGUAAAGGAUCGUGGCCAGCAGCGUCGUCGCAUGAUGAAGGGUGGCGUCGGAUCGCGUAGUCGGGACAAUUUCGAGGACGAACACUGGUACCACGAACACCACGGACCCGCGUGGUCCUCCCCGACGGAAGAUGAGGAAACGCGCAUGCCGCCGGGCGGCCAGGGACGUUCGUUCGAUCGUAACGUGUACGAACGUAGCACUUACGGGCCACCGUAUGAAAAACGCGAACCGAAGAGUUUGCCACCACCGGCGGGUUACGAUCGGCGGGAGUAUAAGGCCGGCUACGACAAACGCAAGUACUACCGGGAGCGAGAACCGUCGCGCGGUGGCAGUGGCGGUGGUAGAUCGAGCUACGAUUACGAUCCGUACGGUGGCGACGGAGGCUACGGUAGGCGAUCUGACUACGAUGAUGGUGGCGGUGGCGGUGGCGGUGGUGGUGGUUACGAGCGUCCAAGCCGUGAUUCACGUGCCGCCCGGGAGUACUUCUAUGAGCGCGAGCGGAAAAGCUUCGACCGGGAAAGCAACGAAUCGUAUGAUAGUCGCGAACGGCGCAGCUUCGGUGGCAGCGGUGACCUGUACGGGAGUCUUGAUAGUCGGGCGGAGUAUCGCGAGCGCGACCGUUAUCUGUCGCUGGAUAAGAGUCGCUCGUUGCGCCGAGGGAUGCGAAACGCGGGGAGUGCCCGGCUCGAUCAGGACCUGGAUCAGGACUCGGAGGGUGAUCUGAUGGGUGGAAUGGGGGGCGGUGGUAGGUCGGGUGGUGGCGGUGUGAACAGUUUGCACCGCUCUAGUCAAAACAUCGGCCGAAGCAGCAAGCAGACUCAGCAGCAGCAGCAGCAACAAUCGCAAAUGAUGCUUGACGAUGAUGUGUGGGGCUUUACGAAGGGAGGAGCACCGGUAGGGGGCGGUGGCACGAUGCCGUGGAAGCGACCCUCUAGUGCGACCGAGCAAGAGGGACGUCGAUACAACGAAGGCCGUCGCGGGGUAUGCGCCACCGGUGGAGGAGCAGGCGCGUCGGGUGGUAUGCACGCCGCAGUCGGUUCCGACGGAGAAAAGGAUCGGCGGUUCCGUAAGAAGAGCCGGUCGCGCGGUGAACGGAAGGACAUGGAGAUGCGCUCAAAUUACGCCACCAUGCGCUACCCGUUGCGGUCAAAGGAGGACUACUUCGAUUUCGAUGCGGUGGAAGGAGGAGGAGGAGGAGGAGGUCGUGGCGGUGGCACCGGAAGUGCCGGUAUCGGGGUGGACGAUGAUGACGACGAAGAAGAGGAGGAUGACGUCCGACCGGUAUCUGGUGGGAAGAUGUUGAUGGACGACGGGUUGGACGACAGUCCGGCAUACUAUGGUCGACGUGGUCCGGGUGUUGGCGGUACCGGGGCGGGAUACUAUAGUAAAUCCAUAACGCCGCGACAGGAAGGACGUAGCCUGAAUGACGCAUUGAUCGCACAGGAAGCGAAAAAGAUGUCGCGCUAUGAGUACGAAGAGGAGGCCAUUCGCCGCAUGAAGAAAAGCAAUAGUCGCGACCUGUACUUCGAGGGUGGUGCACCCGGGUAUGCCAGCGUGACCCCGCCAAAGAGUGCAGCUCAAAAGCAUCAUCAGCAACACCCAAGCGGCACCGGACCACGGAUGGACUUUGAAUUCGAUGAGUUCGCAGGCUCCCCAGGAGGUGGUGGGGGUGUUGUUGGAAUGGCCCCACCAUCGGCACUCGCUGGAGAUGGCUUUGAAAGCGAUUUCAAUUCUCCCCCGGGUGGUGGAGUAGGAGGUCGGGAGGCCACUACUGGUGGGGGCCGGGAAGGACAGAAAUCGUAUCGCUUCUCUAGUGACUUUUCGAGUGAUAAAGAACGCGCGGGUCACUACGGACAUGAGUCUUCAGCGGGUGGCUACCAUCGACAGCAGCACUUCAAGCACAACCACCCCGAUCCGGGUGAUUAUCCGACUCAUCACUCACAGUCACUGCAGCAGCAGCAGCAGCUGUCGGCCACAUCGACACCGCCGCUGCCCUCUUCGGGCCACCAACACCAUCCGCCACAUCAGCGUGAGCAGCAGUCCAGCGGAUCAAAGCUGCGCUUCAACGAGAAUGUCACCGUAUCCAAGUUUGACGCCGAGGCGACCACAAUGUUCGAGGAUGAUUUCACCGGACGUUCUGACGCUGAGCAGGAUCCCGAUGAGCAGCAGCAGCAGCAGUCACAUGGUGGCGGAUGGUCCGCAGCAAACCUCACCCAACGUACCAGCCCUGGUCCGGCGGCAAGCAAUAAUGGCAGCAACAAAAAGAUAUUAAAAACCUCUAGUCAUCAGCAGGCAGCGGGACAGCAACAGCAGCAGCAGCAGCAGCAGCAUCUUCAAUACCAGGAUAACAUACGCAAAUCGGACAGUAUUAACAUUUUCGCCAAAAAGGUCGACGACCCGUUCGAGGACGAUGAUUUCUUCGCCACCGGAGGCAACAGCAACGGAGGGGGAGGCGGGGGCCGGGGUGACCCGUUCGGGGGCGCAUCGACCGUAGGGCACGCGGAUAGAGGCGGUGGUGGUCCCCCCGUGAGCAAUAUCGCCGCUGGCACCAACACGACCGCCUCUUCCGGUUGGGACAAAAACUUUGCCAACUUUGACGACAACAUCUGAUUACUCGGUAGCCUGAUGAUCGACAGCAACUUCCUCAGUCGCCAGCUGAGCCGAAGUUUGAGUGCCCGGCAGCAGUACCAGUACUGCUGCCAACAGGACGAACAUCAGCGCUACUCACUGGCCAAGGACAUUCGGAAGCUGUACAUGCGCAUCAAGCACUGCAACCGGUACCAGGUGUUUGUCUAGGCAGGGAUCGUCGUCACGUAAAGGGAAUUUUGGGUUGCCCGUGCCCGAUCAUUUCGCCAUUGCUUUUGUUGAUUGUACAUUUUUAUUUAUAUUCAUCGAUGAUGAUACUACCAGCUAACACAUUCUUCUCAGCCUGAUGAGCUUUAAUCAUGUUUACGAUCACUUCAUCAGCACGCACGAGCCAGAAUCGCAAAAGCAAAAGGUCCUACUGACUGGUUCAGUAGACAACAGAAGGAAGGGGGACGUAUGAGAGGUUGAGAUUUGGUACGUUAUAAGUAGAUUUACUAGUGUGAUGCUGGCUUGUGCGCUCGUUCACACAUAUUCAUAUCAAUUAUCAACCUUACAAGCUAACGCUUCUGAUUAGUUAAAUUAUUGUUUUUACCUUGGUGACCAUGGAGGCGAUUGCAAGGGAACUUUAUUAGUAAAUAAUAUACUGAAAAACACUAGUAGAUAUUAUUAUUAUUAACACUUCAUACUCUGGGAACGAUCAAAGCAAAGAUGUUGCCGCUGCUGUUGCCGCCAGCGAUAGGGACAGGGUGAGACUGGGGUGACACCGAUACAGGGCCAUGUAAAGCGCCAGAAAACCAAACCAAACGCGGUAUUCAAAAAGUACUUUGUGUCUGUUUAGCUCUCCACGUUUUCCACCUCAAUAUUUAGAUGUAGUGCAAAACUAAAAAAAAAAAACAAAAUUUUACCCCUUUUCCAAGCAUUAACUUUUGGACGACGGGCACAAGGUGUGCUGGACAACAAAAGUGAUUGUAUUACCGCAACCAAAUGGGAGGGCUCCUUUCCAUCCGAUUAAACUUCUCCCUUCCACCUAACACACUAACCGGUUACGGCAUAAGGUACGCAAAAGUGAGAGGCGAUAUUACAGCAGAAAUUACGGUAUUACUACAGACAACCUGAAGUUAGUAUUUUUAUUUUGAUAUAACAAUCGCAUUAAAAUUCCUACUCCUUAAACACACACUUACUCACCACCAACCUAAACUCGCGAGCACCACGUGGCUAGGACACAACUAUUGCGCAAUAUUAGUCGUUAAUUAUGUCAGCAGAGCGUUUUUACAAUUCUGAAAAUUGCAGCAUGAGAGACGUGAUAAAAACGUAGCAGCACUGUCGAACCAAGUUGUUCCCCUUUUUGACUGACCCCUUGGCCCCCGGGGGAUGUUUGGGGAAAAUUAAAAUCAAACACCCUGAUAGUCGUUUCUCUCACCCUUUUACCUUGCGUGAAAUGGACCCCAUUCCCGGUCCGUUUCGGUGCAAUUGUUCUUGUUCCAUUGACUUCCCUUGUGUUUCGAUUGGGCUGUUGAAAGGUUAGUUCUCGAAUCGAGUGAUGAGGGCAGAUGAAAUGGCGGUUUGGUGCGUUAGGUUAGCAAUUUGUUGAAUGUAAUGUAAUGUAACUCUCAAUCGCGUACGCAGCCAUGAAGUAUUUCAUUGCUUCACUAUCAGUAGCUUCAUUUGUAAUAAUUAUUAGGUACCAGAGUGUGAUUCGAAACGUAAAAACAAAAGUUUAGAUUAAUGUGAUUCCCUUGCUGCUAAAAUGAACCGAGUGCUGGUAAAGAGAGUACGUCAGAAGAAAGCAGAACAGCAGGUUGUAGGUAUUUAAAAUAAUUUAAACCGAAUCAUGGGACUUUGCUAAUGCCAGUGGAAGAGUGGAAGCCCUAAUUCGAUGAUAGGUAAACGUGUGCAGCUGAAAAGUACGCUUUUGUGUAGAACUGUGUUGUGCUUAUGAUAUUUUCGUUUUGUAAAAUAUUUGACGAAAAAAACGUAGAAGAGCCAAGACCGGCUUUUUAAACAUUCUCAAUCUCUACUUCUUGAUAUUCUGAAAAUCUUGGCCGUGUUGUUGCUAUCGAAAAAGAUUGAUGUGUGGUCAUGAGCUGUACUUAUGCCGCGCAGAUAACGUCCCCAUUAUAUUUAAACCAACCGAACAGCUUUCCCACGAAUUAACUGACAACACCAGAACAUCUACAGAAAUCGUAUCACAAAUAAGAUUUGCUAGUGUAACAUAUAGAUGAGAUGUUGCUCUCAAACGGACGGAAAAAAUUGGAUCAAAUAAACGAGAAACAAAAUUCAUAGAGAACAAGAACAAACUGAAAGGAAAAGCAUAGAACUAAUCAGGUAAAGUUACAAACAACUAAUCCAACAGUAUGGAAACAGCAACUGGCUGAAUGGAAAGAUAUGCAAUUGUUGAUAUUAAACCCCAAAGUCCCAAGUGAAAAAGAAGCGAAGGAAAAGAAACUAUCAGUAAAUAAAAUUCAAAUUAGAAGAUUUCGUGUAGUCUUGACUAUUUUUACUUCGUUUGUUUUCUUCUGAAACUCAGUCAGGCAGCAAUUGUAGAUGUUUUUUCUCUUGGAUACUAUAGUGCAGACAUUGUUGCAUGUUUCAAAACUCUGACGAACGAAAAACUAGAAAGCAGCAAGUGACCGAAAACGGAACCGAAAUUAUGAAUUCAGUGCUCUGACGAUUUCUAACGUCGAGAGAAAGAAUUACAGCAUGAUUUAGUAACAAGGAAAAGUAAAAGGUUGGGUACGUCGAACGAAUGAAGUAAAGUGCACGACACAUGCGCAAACACAUCGAGCAAAGACAAGGAAGUAUGUGACGAAAGGUGGAUAAACAAUGGUUACAAAAAUACAA